ACCCCUUAUCGUGCAACAUAUAAAAUAUACAUAUAGACAUACACACAUACAUAUAUAAUUAGUUCUUAAGAUAAUUCUAAAAUUUGUAUAUAAGUAAGUAAAAAACCAAAAUAAAAUCAGAAUGAAAUAGUUCUCACUCAAGCUUGGUGUUUCAAAUAUUUUCCCCGACCCGCGGUAAGAGGUAUUUGAAAUCAGCUUGUUUUAAACAUUUGGUCCUUCGAGCCGGAUAGAGAGAUCCGGAGCCGAAGAGAGAUCCAAUUAAGAAGGCCUGCUAUUAGAAUAUAGAGGCACCUAUUACAAAAUUUGGUCUUUAGAGCAGAAUGUGAGCUCAGACAAAUAAAAAGACCUGUAUAUAGAAGAAAUACAGGCAAGAAAAAGUCCUAUACAUGAAUUAGGCAAAAGACAAAAAAAAAAUCAAUUGAAAAGAUUGUAUGUAAAACGUAUUUGCGAGAGACAAUACGCAUUAGUUAACUGUUAUUCAAAGAAUUACAGCAGCUGUGAGUCGAGGCACAGGAAGAUCAACAAGGCGAUCGAAACAAAAAUCCUCAAAUUCUUUGAAGAAAAAGAACAGUUUGUUUUUUAUAAAAUUUUAAUAUAAAAAAAAAUAUAUGGAAGUAUACCGCAUUUGUUGUAGAGUUGGGAGACAACAACAAGCAUCCAAAGGAAUGGAUACAGGGGCAAGAACGUAUAGCCCAACCGAAAAGGUGGCAGACAAUUUAUUGCAAGCAAUUGAAAAAAGAUCGGAAAGAAUUAGAUCUAUAAUUGCAAAGGUAAAAGCAAAUAUAUAUAUUGCUGACGAAGCUGCGCUCGAAAGGUAUGAAAAUCAAUUACAACAUUUUCAAAACCUCGUUGAGCAAAAUUUGGAUGAUUUAUCAUAUAAAUACGACGAGAAAUUUAUUUAUAUUAAAGCAGAGGAAUUACUGGUUGAAGUCGCUGAAAUUGUGCGAAUGUUGAAAAUGCAAAGGGAGUUAUUCAACAUUAAAUUUUCGAGCCUACCUUUUAAGGCUCCAGCUACUAGUGGUUUUGACGCUGAUACAAAGGAUAGUGUCUUUGGUCAAACCAAUACAUAUGACUCAGAUCCAGAAAUACAAUCAAAUAAAUUUUCGAGCCUAAUUUUCAAGGCUCCAGCUAACAAAGGUAAGGUGGAAACUAAUGGUUGAAGUACUUUUGGCACCGCUACUACAGUUGGGUCCAAGGCAUAUGACGAUGGAAAUAUGCCACUGGAGAGACUUGCCGGUAAUGAACAACCAACUAAUGACAAAUACACAUUGGAGAAAGUCACCUACCCUUAUGGUGAUAACCCAAUUACAAAGGACCUGAAAAGAAACGACGACGCAGAUGCAUUACAUGUCAAAAAAGUAGCAACACAGAAGGAAGAUGUUACUACUUCUUCAAAACGUAUCACUGUUCACAGCGAAAUUUCGUUUCCGCAUUAUAUGCUGUCAGAAAAAAUGUUCAUGAAAGAAGAACUUAUUUCAGAAAGUUCUUUAGCAGAAGAAUCUCAUGAAUUUCUUUUAUCUGAGGAAAAAACAAAUAAAUUGGUUGAAGAAGAAGAAAAAUAUACACAAGGAGUUGUUACUGAAAGUAACCAAAUCGAAGAAAAUAUUGAAGAUAAAAAUGUCCAGCAAUACAGAAGCAAAUCGUGCAGGAGCUGGAGAAUAACAAUAACACCGAUUGUGGCAACGAUGAUUGGUGGAGAUAUUCGUGGUAAGAAGAUACCAGACAACAAUACAACAUAUAGGAGGAAAAAUAACAUGCUUGAUUCACGAAUGAAAAAGAAAUACCACAAUGUGAAAAAAUUAAUAUAUAAAAAUAUGAUAACAUUACUGAAGAAAAGAUCCAAUGCGUUGGAAAUUGAUAAGAAGACAUUAUUACAAUCUACAAGGAAACGUCGAGAACCAUUUGAACUUGCGAAAUACAAUCAACAGAUUUUGUUUGGAAAAGUGGAUGUAGUAACAACCAUUUGGGAGUUACUAAUACCAUGGCAACUUAUGUUGGAGCAGGAGCACGAUGCACUAACCGCUACAAAGUCGUUAUUCUUGCGGCUUCACAAAAGUAUCACACACAAAUGUUAAUUAGGCAUCGGUAACGACGAGGCGACGAUUACAAACUGAGGUCAUCUAUCCAGGAGUCACUAUUGUCGCCCGGGAGAAUGUUCAAAAAUGAACAUGUAUGUUGGCAUCAAAAGGCCACAAUUAGUUUUUAUGCAGCAAUACAUAUAUAUACAUUUUUUAUUACUCUACAUAUUAAGAAUAUUAAAUAAGAAAAAUGUAAUAACACAUACAGUCCACUGAGCAUAAAUAUGUAUGUUCAAAUAUAUUUAACGAGCAUACAUACAUACAUACAUAUAAUACAUACAUUUAUAUAUGCAACGCACAUACAUUUAUAUGAGGCACGCAUGCAUCUAUAUGCAACAUGCAUGCACUCAACAAACACAUUUAUAUGUAUGCACAAGAUAACCUAUUGGUUCCAAAAAUACAUUUGAGCAAUUGCUUGUUUGCAUUUGAAAUAACCCCUUAUCGUGCAACAUAUAAAAUAUACAUAUAGACAUACACACAUACAUAUAUAAUUAGUUCUUAAGAUAAUUCUAAAAUUUGUAUAUAAGUAAGUAAAAAACCAAAAUAAAAUCAGAAUGAAAUAGUUCUCACUCAAGCUUGGUGUUUCAAAUAUUUUCCCCGACCCGCGGUAAGAGGUAUUUGAAAUCAGCUUGUUUUAAACAUUUAUUAUUGCUCUU